AUGGUUCUAAGGAUCAUCAUUAAAAUGGAAGAUUUUGGUGCAAUAGUCGGUUGUUACUACAUCCCUCGCCAUCGAUAUCUUCAACUUCACAACAGCCGAAUCGAGGACCGCGGCAUCGAUGCACGUAUGAUUCCUCUAAAUCACAAUGUAGCUCUUCUACAAAAUUUACGAAUAUUCAGCGCUGCAGCUCAAUCCGAGCAGAUACUGUUCACGGAUAAAUUCCUUCUCAACGAGAGCUAUCUUACACUCCAACCUAGUCUUGAUCACAUUCACUCUACUAUAGUUCAACGCAAGAUAUCUGCGCUCACGGCUUCGCCCGCAACGAAGGCGGUUGAUAAGGUCCACAGUUUCUUGUAUGGAAAGACUGAGAUGCAAGGAAUCAGCAAAGACUUGCUUCAGUGGACUGAAAGGUACCACGUUCGAUUCGGUCUGCUUCCUUUUGGCCUGCAGACUCGACCGAAGUCGGAACACUAUUUUGGAUGGACUGCGCAAGUCAGAGCAGAUGGUCACACUUCGUCCGGGAACGCCUUCUUCACCGCCUUUGGUUUCAUAUACCAAGUCCCCAAGUUGGCGGUUAUCCCAGACGACGCGACGGACACGACACUUCUUGAUCUCAUCGCGACUACAAGCCCAGCUCCCAACAAGCCAGGUGGAAUUAAGCUCAUCCCACCAAAGCAUCCGCUCGAGCAGCGCUUCGAACUUGCGAGGAAGAUCACGUCAGCUGUCAUGUAUGUGCAUGUGAUGCAGUACGUGCACAAAUCUAUCCAGACAUCCAACAUUGUCAUGUUUGCAAAGAACGAUGCAUCUACAGCGAAUACAGAACAGUUCCCUAAAGCCCUCGGCGAACCUUUUCUAUGUGGUUUUGAGACAUCGCGAUAUGAUAGGGGCGCGAGCGACUAUGGGCAGUACGAUGUGGCUUGGGAAUACGACAUCUACCGACACCCCAAGCGUCAAGGCUUACAUCCCGAGUCACGAUAUACCAUGAACCACGACCUCUACAGUCUUGGAGUCGUGCUCCUUGAACUGGGUCUAUGGAGACCGUUGAGAGUUAUGGGGUUGAGAAACCCGGACAGUAUCAGCGGGAGUGUUAAAGAUCAUCUGAAGAAGUUGGCCAUAACAGGGCUGCCAUGCAUGAUGGGAACCAAGUAUCGGGAUGUUGUGUUGUUUUGCUUGGACAUCGAUGGUGAUGGCCAGAUUAGUAACUCAACAGCUGUAGAAGAGGUGUUGAAGAAGGUUGAGGAAAUGGCUAUUGGCUUGCAAUAG